AUGGAACGACUACAGAGAUUGAUGAUGAAUAGCAAGGUGGGAUCUGCCGACACCGGUCGUGAUGAUACAAAGGAGACCGUUUAUAUUUCUUCAAUUGCACUUUUAAAGAUGUUGAAGCAUGGUAGAGCUGGUGUUCCUAUGGAAGUGAUGGGGUUAAUGUUAGGUGAAUUUGUUGAUGAUUAUACCGUGAAUGUUGUGGAUGUGUUCGCCAUGCCCCAGUCGGGUACUGGUGUUUCUGUUGAGGCGGUGGACGAUGUUUUCCAAGCUAAAAUGAUGGAUAUGUUGAAACAAACAGGAAGAGACCAAAUGGUUGUUGGCUGGUAUCAUUCUCAUCCCGGAUUUGGAUGUUGGCUGUCUUCUGUGGAUGUUAACACCCAAAAAUCCUUCGAGCAAUUAAAUAGCAGAGCUGUUGCUGUUGUUGUUGACCCUAUCCAAUCUGUGAAAGGGAAAGUUGUUAUUGAUGCCUUUAGGUUAAUUGACACAGGCGCAUUGAUAAAUAAUUUAGAACCUAGACAAACAACCUCCAACACAGGUUUGUUGAACAAGGCUAAUAUUCAAGCCUUAAUCCACGGUCUGAAUAGGCACUAUUAUUCUUUAAAUAUUGAUUAUCAUAAGACCACUCAAGAAACCAAGAUGCUAAUGAACUUACAUAAAGAACAAUGGCAGUCUGGUCUUAAAAUGUACGAUUACGAAGAAAAAGAAGAAUCGAAUUUGGCAGCUACAAAGAGUAUGGUUAAGAUAGCUGAACAGUAUUCGAAGAGAAUAGAAGAGGAAAAGGAAUUGAGCGAAGAAGAACUCAAGACAAGAUACGUUGGUAAACAGGAUCCAAAGAAACAUCUCUCUGAAACUGCGGACGAAACGCUGGAAAACAAUAUUGUUUCUGUGCUGACGGCGGGUGUUAAUUCAGUGGCAAUUAAGUAA